AUGCUGGCAACCCACCAAAUCAAGCGCAAACCUCUUCCACAGGCUGAUGAUGAUGGCACUGUCCGUGGUAUCGUCAGGAUCUCGCCGUGUCCAACACCAACUCCCUCGGAGAAACAACCACCAUCCCUAGAUUUGCGACCACCGCCGUACACUCCUAUGCGAUCGCCAUCGCCACGAUCGUCGCGACCACCACCCCAGACAAUCCCGACCCGUGCGGCUACUACCAACCAUGGGCCUCCCCCAGCAACAUCCCCCGCCCCGAGUCUCCCCCGGACAACCCCCGACCUCUCCGUUGCACAGAAAGCCUAUGGGGAAGCGCGUCACUUUCUAGGCGGACUACUCAAUCACCCAACCGAAAGUACCAAACAUGUCACCAUUCUGCGUCACUCCUCCGGCGUCGUCUUCUACCGUGGCAGCACCACCUCCGUCACCAUCUCGGUUUUCUCCGACUCGCUUCUACCCGCUGACCGCACCCUUUAUCUGCAGUCUAAGGGCUGGACAGGCAAGACCGGAAUGCGCACCAAAGCGCUUUUGCGGCUCACGGACGAUUGGGUCGAUGUGACGCCCUCCCACGCCAUUCAGGCGAAUCAGGUUGAAGCCUCUGACGAGCGCGCUUGGCAACGCGACAUUACUAAAUUCCUCAAGAAGGCUCCACCGCGGGUUCGCGACACCCAUAAGCUGCGAGAAACUAUUGUCGCAAGGAUUCCCGCCGAGGCUGGGGAUGGCUACUUCCAGCUUGUACUAUGCGUAGGGGGCAAGAAGAAGGUGCUCUGCUACAGUCCGGUCUUCCGGGUCCUGUCCACAUCAUUGAGUCCCAGCUCAGUCCGGGGAGCCAGUCUCACGACCAUGCCCUUGGAAGUCGGGGCUAUGGUUCUGGGCAUGUAUGUACAGACAGCCGCGGAGGCAGUCAUCGCACCGGUCACCGCCGCGGUGCAGAAUCGAAUUCAGCCCUACAAACCGAGCUUGAAGACCCAGACGGCCGUCGCAACAGCGUACUCAGUGAGCGGAACGGGCGACCGCAUGAAGUCGUUUGUCGAUGCUGGCUCUGGAAGCAACAGCGGCCCUUCACCGGCUGACUACCAACCUAUAUCCUUGGAUUAUGGCCCACAGGCACCAUUCCCUGUGGACUUUGCAGCACGCGCAGAAGCCGCUACGGGUGAGGAUAGGACAAGAUGUCGGCUAUCAAGAGUUCCCGAUUUGAUCCAAGAUCAAUACCAUGGGGUCUUCUUCGGCUGGACGCGGGGCUAUCCAUCCAACUCAUCCAGAUCUCCCGCGGAACAUGAACCCAGCACGAUGAAUGCAUCUCCGGGAUGCGAAUGGCAACCUAUCAUUCUCUCCAUCCUCUCCUACAAUCCCUCUCAGCAGACACGGGUCAAUCUCUCCCGCGCCAGGGACAGGGUAGUCACCAUCCGUCAAGUUGACGACUCACCGCCACUCGCACUCCAAUCACGUCUCCAGCUACGUAUCAUGGGCUAUCUCCGACCGGACCUGCCGCCAGCAGUAGGCAGCACGGAGGGCGAACUGCAGGCUGCACGGGAAGCCGCGGCAGAGGCAGCCAUGUUGGCCGACGCGUGCGAUCUAGCGUAUGCACAGAGUGUGCUGGAGCAUCCCGCUUGGGGUGCCGAGUGUCGUGGUGGUGGCGAUGGCCAGGCUGGGACCUGGGUGGAGAGGACUCGCACUGGUAUCUCUGAUAUCAGGUAUCGCGGGCAGAAGAUGGUCGAGAAUGUGCCCUUGCAUUGGGUCGGGGUGAGGAGCCCGAAUGCGGGUACGAGGGAGGCGCAAAUGGCGAUGAAUGGGUUCUAUAUUGUGAGGGGAUGA